CAGAUUCUUUUGAGUUGUACUUGAAGCCGCCAAAAUGGUUCUAGCAGAUCUUGGAAGAAAAAUAACUUCAGCGUUACGCUCACUGAGCAAUGCUACAAUUAUCAAUGAAGAGGUUUUAAAUGCUAUGUUAAAAGAAGUAUGUACAGCAUUACUGGAAGCUGAUGUCAAUAUUAAACUUGUGAAGCAACUCAGAGAAAAUGUCAAGUCUGCAAUUGAUCUUGAAGAAAUGGCAUCUGGCCUUAACAAAAGAAAAAUGAUUCAGCAUGCUGUCUUUAAGGAGCUUGUUAAGCUUGUAGAUCCUGGAGUCAAAGCAUGGACACCUACCAAAGGAAAACAGAAUAUUAUAAUGUUUGUUGGUUUGCAAGGAAGUGGUAAAACAACGACCUGUUCAAAGCUAGCAUACUUCUAUCAGAGGAAAGGUUGGAAGACCUGUUUGAUAUGUGCAGACACAUACAGAGCAGGUGCUUUUGACCAGUUAAAGCAGAAUGCCACAAAAGCAAGAAUUCCCUUUUAUGGGAGCUAUACAGAAAUGGAUCCUGUAAUUAUUGCCUCAGAAGGUGUUGAGAAAUUUAAGAAUGAAAACUUUGAAAUAAUCAUUGUUGAUACAAGUGGACGUCACAAACAGGAAGACUCUUUGUUUGAAGAGAUGUUACAAGUUGCUAAUGCCAUACAACCAGAUAACAUUGUUUAUGUGAUGGAUGCUUCCAUUGGCCAAGCUUGUGAAGCUCAAGCUAAAGCUUUCAAAGAUAAAGUAGAUGUAGCUUCUGUUAUUGUUACUAAGCUUGAUGGACAUGCGAAAGGAGGUGGAGCUCUUAGUGCAGUUGCUGCCACAAAGAGUCCUAUUAUUUUUAUUGGAACUGGCGAACACAUAGAUGACUUUGAACCCUUUAAAACGCAGCCUUUCAUCAGCAAACUUCUUGGUAUGGGUGAUAUUGAAGGAUUGAUAGAUAAAGUAAAUGAGUUAAAGUUGGAUGAUAAUGAAGCACUCAUAGAAAAGCUCAAACAUGGUCAAUUUACGUUAAGAGAUAUGUAUGAACAAUUCCAAAACAUCAUGAAAAUGGGACCAUUCAGUCAGAUCUUGGGUAUGAUCCCUGGUUUCGGAACUGACUUCAUGAGUAAAGGCAAUGAACAGGAAUCAAUGGCAAGGCUAAAGAAACUGAUGACUAUAAUGGACAGUAUGAAUGACCAAGAACUUGACAGUACAGAUGGUGCCAAAGUUUUCAGUAAGCAGCCAGGAAGAAUCCAAAGAGUAGCAAGAGGUUCAGGUGUUUCUACCAGAGAUGUUCAGGAGCUUUUGACCCAAUACACUAAGUUUGCACAGAUGGUGAAAAAGAUGGGAGGCAUCAAAGGGCUUUUCAAAGGCGGUGAUAUGUCAAAGAAUGUAAACCCAUCUCAGUUGGCCAAACUGAACCAACAGAUGGCAAAGAUGAUGGAUCCAAGAGUUCUUCAUCAUAUGGGUGGCAUGGCAGGAUUGCAGUCAAUGAUGAGACAAUUUCAACAAGGUGCUGCUGGGAAUAUGAAAGGCAUGAUGGGAUUCAAUAAUAUGUAAAGAAGCCUUAAUAAAAAUGGACUUGGUUGACUCUUCAUAGCAAAUUCUUUCACUGAAGUUGCAUUCUUCCUUUUUGCAGUGAUGGAGGAGUGGUCUUUUGAAAUCUUAUUCAGGCUUCUCAGUUUCUACAUCUAAUUUCUGAAAACUAUUUUUGCUUAAAUUAGUUCCUCUCCACUAAUACCUGAUGGCACAGAGUAAUUCAAUUUAAUAAAACAAGAUCAUGUAAAAUUUUAAUAUUUAGACACUUUUUAAUUGUUUACAUCAAAUGGCAGCCAUUAUAUUUGUAAACAACCCUGAUCUUUGAUUAUAGUAACAUAAAAUGUCACAAAUAUACUGUAAAAUAAACUUUAAGUGGUUAUAAACAA